AACCAGGCAGAAACACACGCGCGUCGGAUAAAAAAAUUAAUACAGAUUGAAUAUAUUUUUUUAACUCGAGACCGAUGUGUAGAAUGUUUUUUAAGUGACAAAUGUUUUGUGUUAAAUCGUGAUGUUGACAAAAUGUGGCUUGCCGGGCUUUUGUUGUUGCUAAAUGAGGUUGUUGCGUACAACAACAGUCUUCCUAGGUCCGGUGAAUUGGGACUCCACUACCCUUCGCGUAAAUCCAAUGUGCGUCGCCAGCGAGCUAUAUCAGUAACAACACCUUUCCCAUGUGAAGAGUCCCUCCACUGGGGUCGUAGCAAGCAAGUGCCCUCCAGCGUACACAAGCUGCGGCCAGGGGAUAUCGAUGUGGUGGCGGCUAUCGGAGACUCUCUGGUUGCUGGCAGCGGAGCCUUGGAGGAGUUCGCACUUGGUGCUGUAGUGGAAUAUCGAGGUGUAUCCUGGUGCGCCGGCGGAGAUAGCACGUGGCGUGAGUUCCUAACAUUACCAAAUAUCUUAAAGGAGUACAACCCAAACCUUCGUGGCUACUCUUCCGGCACCGGCGAGUGGUUGGCCAAGAACUCAAGACUCAACGUUGCUUUUCCCGUCGCCUCAGACCAAGAUGCUUAUAAACAGGCUAAGAUACUUGUAGCGAGAAUCCGCUCGUCGCCCGAUAUAGACGUUUCGCGCGACUGGAAGAUGAUUACGGUGUUCAUCGGUGCCAACGAUCUGUGUUCAGCAUCCUGUCUCUCACCAGUUUCCUGGUCGCCGACGGCUCACGCCAGGAAACUUGCUAGGGCCCUCGACUACUUCCAAGAACAUUUGCCGCGGACCAUAGUUAAUUUAAUUCCAGUAUUGGAUGUAUCUGUAUCAGUCCGUGUACAGCGACCGCUAAUGUGUCGGCUGAUGCAUCCGCUCUUCUGUCGCUGCUUCCACCGCGGAGGUGGGGAGCUACUUGACCUCGUGAAACAGGCAAGGCGUUAUCAAGCCGCUGAAAUGGCUCUAAUCGAGAGUGGAAGGUAUGACACACGCGACGACUUCACAGUAGUUAUACAACCUUUCAUGCGUCUAUUUAACGCUCCGAUGCCUCCCACUGAGCCUUUGCCUCAAGUCAUACACCAGUCAUACAUCACUCACGACUGUUUCCACUUCUCCCAGAAGGGGCAUGCACUUGCUGCCAAUCUUCUCUGGAACAAUCUACUUGAGCCUGUGGGAAAUAAAUCGGAUAACGCUGUUCCCGUGUUGAUGAACUCUUUUCGAUGUCCCUCCCGACAGACACCUUACAUCUUUACCAACAAGAAUUCUCAGAUGUUUUAUCAAACAGGGAGACAGGAUACGUGACAAUAAUUUAUUCAAAUGUAGGAUUUCACAGGAGUAUCUAAUUAUAGCUAGUUAUUUAUAAUGUCUGUGCUCUUAGUUUUAUAAUUAAUGUUAGUCCCGUGAGAUUUACGAUGUCGAAUGUAAAAGAGGAAUAAACUCGGAACGGCUUAUUUAUUCUGAAACUUAGCUUUUGUAACACAUAUGAGUCUUAUGGGACUUCAAGAGACGAGCAUCACUACCGGUAACCCACUUGCAAGCCUCCUGUGUGCAGGUGUUGCAGGUGUCCAUGGGAGGCGCCAGUUCGUUUAAUAACACCUCCUUAAGACAAAACCUUGACAAUAUUAAAGGUUUUACAAUUUGAAGCAUUUUUAAACUAAUUUUUUCGACAUUAUGUUCCUGGAAUAAAUGAUUUUGAAUUUAACAUACUCAGAGUCGUCAGUUUAAUUAGGUCUGCAUUUGCAUGAAAGCUGUUGCAAUUAUAAAUAAUUAACUAUCCGAUUAAAGAGCGACUUCAGGAAGCAUGAGGCAGUUCAAGAUUUUACUGUAUAUAUAUCACCACUAACUUAUUUUAAUACGAUCUUUUAACGGACAUUAACAAAAGGAUGUUAUAUUGUUGAAUUGAAUUGAAUAUUUACAUACCCAACCGUUUAGUAAAGAUUUAAAUACGAUAACUCGUAUUUAAGUAACCAUUAUCUAUUAAUGAACGACUUAAGGUACCGCUGUUAGUGCAAUGUAUAUAGUUAUAUAAUUAAGCCAAAGCUAUAGAUAAUAUAAAUCUAUAUUAAAGCAAAGGCCUAGUCUGGGACUAGUCCAUUACUUUUUGUUGUUAUUUUGUCUUACCUUCGUUUCCGGAAUGGAAAAGUUUUUAACACGUACUUCAUAUUGUAGUUUUCGUUAUUAAGAGCAAGAACAUAUUUAUUGUAAAUGUCUAUGAGGUCAUGACAACCGUUAACAAUAAAUAUAAUUGUAAUGAAUUUUUCUAAAAAUAGUUGACAACGUCAACGCAUUGAAAUCUGUAAUUAUUUUUAAUUUUAUCAACUAUUGAUGGUCGGUAUUGGAUGUAUGUAUAUUUCGUUUUAGCCUCUGUUUGGUCCAUGUUAUCUAUAGUAAUUUAAAUCAAACUUUGACUAGUUUAUAAGUUUGUUCUUAAGUGCCAUUC